CUUUUACGCAGAGAUCUGGAGACUGCCUCACGGAGUCACGGUUAGUCAGUCAAGUCAUGUCAUGUACUUACGUACGUACUCAGUUCCUCAGUUCGAACUCAGUUUGAGCUCAGUUCCUCGGUGUGAUUCGGUGAUUUGGUGAUUCGGUAGUCACAAGUCACUAGUCAGUGAGCGUCCGUGGGCCUGGAAGACGUACGUGAAUGUAGUCCCCGAAACCACACGGCUAUCCCAAUAUCACACGGACGGACCAAUGUACGGACGGACGUGGUCGUCCGGAGAUGAUGACGCAGAAUAUGCACGCGGUGUCUGUGGGGCUCUAGGCUGAUCGAGUGAAGUGAUCAUCCAUAUAUUCCGCCAAGCGCCAAGCCCCCUGGGGUGAAUUGGUGUACUGGGCGUGACCAGUCUAGGCCGUGAUCGGGUGUGUCCCCACUAUACUUCCGACCCAUCGAUUGAUUAGCAACCAAGAGACACUCCGCUCCCCCCCUUGAACCCGUGUCUCUUUGUUCCUCCGCCAGCCCGAACCCAGUUUCUGAUUGAGGAGUUGGGGCAAGGCCCGUGAAUCCUCAGUGAGUGAGUAAGAUUUCCUGCCCGCACUUGUCCUCUUGGCUGUUUUCCCUCCGGUGGUUGUCCGGAUUAAUCCUCGAUUUUCCGUUGGAUUGGUAGCCAUUCAUUGGAUUCAGUGGGGUGUGGGGUGAUUCUCCACCUGGCUGACGUGUGAAAAGCUCUGGCCCGUUGAUUGGCUCCUAGACCCUAGGUGGGUCAAAGAGGCGUGAAACUUGACCCGUGAGACGUGAGUGAGGCACUGUCCACCCAAGCCAGAUGGCUGCCGAAGACUUUUCCAUCGAGGAGUUCCUCACUUCCACCAACGGCGACUCGAUUUUCGAUGGCUCCCACCCUGACGACCCGUCCUCCUUGCUCACGGACGACACUUUCAUGUCCGUGCUGGAUGACAAUGUUAACCUUGACAUCUUCAAUGCGGCCGUGGAGGAUCUGGCCCAUCAGGCCUUCAACACCGAAACGCCCGUGGCCACUUUGCCGCCCGAGACCAAGUCGGCCCCCUCGCUCCAGCCCACCUAUUUUUCUCGGGUGCAGUCCAUUAGUUCGCCCACCAUUUCGUCGGGGUCGUCCCCGAGCGUCCCCAGUCCCGGCUCGCCCGUCUCGCCCGGACAGGUUGUGCCCCAAGAGGCCUUGACACUCACCGCUCCGCUGGCACCGCCCAGCACGGGUUACGAAAGUCCGACCAUUCGCAGUCUGCUUCAGCCUCAACCCUCUAUUCAACCGACCCGUCCCGCUCAAUUAGCUGAGUUGAGCGGCGGCCAAAAGAUAAUUCUGCAACCUAUUGUGCCCUCGACCAAGAUCUUGGUGCAAACUCAGACGGGUGGACAGCCCAUGUUCCUUCAGACCACUGGCACGGGGGCGCAAACGUUUCUUACCACGGCUGGCGCCGAUGGCACGUCGACGUUAAUCUAUCGCCCGAUAGAAUCAAACUUAGCCGUCGCCACCGCCCCCACCACCUCGACCUCGGCCUCGACUCAGUACUUAUCCACGGAAAAUGCCGGGUCAAAAAUGGCCUUCACCCUAGCCCCGGGUCCGACCGCGGCUCAGUUGGAUCAAAUUCAGCCCGACAUAAUGCCCAUGGAGACCUCGUUUCCCAAGAAGCCCGAACGACGCUCUGCUCACAAUAUCAUUGAAAAACGUUAUCGCUCUUCGAUUAAUGACAAAAUCAUCGAGUUAAAGAACAUGGUUGCUGGUGAAGACUCCAAGAUGAACAAAUCAUUGAUCCUCAAGAAGGCCAUCGACUACAUCAGAUUCUUGCAAAAUCAGAACAUCAAACUUAAACAAGAAAAUCUCCGACUAAUGGCAGUCAAACACGAACCAAUUCCCAGUCCAUCUUCGUCCAUUUCCUUGCCGGACUCGCCAAUGUCUCUGAAAAGCGAGCACUCUGGCAUGCACGACAAGUCGAGGAUGGUUCUCUGUAUGUUUCUAUUGGGGUUGUUUGUCAUCAAUCCGUUUUCUAGUAUGGUGGCUCCUGGCUUUGAUUAUGUGUCAAACACGGGAACUCCUGGACGGACGAUGCUCAGUUUUGAGUCCCAGUAUUCGUGGAAGCAGUUAUUUCAGUUGUCUGCUUCAACCUUACUUCUGACCACCAUCUACGUUGGACUCUUCCUCUUGGGCAUGAUCAGGAUUUUCAUCUAUGGCGAGGCCUACGUUCCGGACAAUUCAUCCUCAAAGAACAAGUACUGGGUGCACCGCAAACAAACGGAUAUCGCUUUGACUGGAGGUCGAGCGAAAAAAGACGAGAUUAACCGGCAUUUGAGAUUGGCUGUGGAGGCCCUCGGACGACCAGUACCCACGGGUCAACUUGAACUUAUUUUGGCAACUCUCUGGCAAUGCAUUCACCAACUGUUGCAUCGUUUGGGCGUGGCCCGAUGGUUCGUUAAUCGCGCGGGUGGUUUUAUCAUCGACGACUUGAAACGGAAACAGUUUGCCGGGGCCAGGAAGGAGGCCGCUUUGGCUUAUCACCAACUUCAUCAAGUUCAUUUGGCCACGGAAGAACGGGAUCAUUUGAUGGGCGUGUUCUUGGGAAUGACCGCAGUAAACCUAACAGAAUCAUCGGUCGCCAAUUUACCGAGCAACUUUAGAUGUCAUGUGUAUGCGUUGAUGUCUCUUCGCAUCAAGCAUAGCUUACCCCGAUUCUUUGGUUUCUGGGCCCGUUUCUUCAUGUUCAAAGCCAAAAGACGGCAGUGCAAAAAUGAGGAAAUCGAUGCCAAUCUGAAUUGGAUGUUGGGGCAGGAUGGUCAAAGCUUCGUGGCCAAAGGCAAAUGGUAUUUUGGAUUGAAAUGUUCAGAGCUUACCGAAGAUGUGGAUUCUUUGAACCCCUUGGCAAUGAUUGGGCGUUAUUUCCGCGACUACCAACUUCAACGAGCCCUCAUGAUCGCUGUAUCGCCCGGACAAGCCACGGGUCGAACUGUUGAUUGUUUAGAAGCCGUGCGAUUGGCUGAGGAGAAUAAUUCCGCCGUGGAUAUGAGGGUUCUGAAGCCCGUGCAAGAUGCCACCUCCAGAUGGUGGGCUUCAGUAUUGGCUACUGCUGCCCAUUGGAUGUUGGACGAGAAAGACAAUGCGACUUUACUAUAUCAAAACGUGGAGUCAUGUCCGAAAGACGAUAGUCUGCUGUAUGAUUGUAUUGUGGCUUGUUUCGACGCUCAAAGGUUGUCACAAACCUCGUCGUGUACCGCUUAUCAACUCAUGGCUGCCAUGGAUCAAGCUACACAUAACCUGGAAAAGGCCGCUGAUCAAUUGCUUUCCCAGAAUACCAGCUCCGAUUUCCAAGUUGACCGGAAUGGAUUGUUGUUAGCCAGUGACUGGUUAACGGAUGCGCGCGUGGCUCUUUGGGAGCAGAAACUCGCAUCCGAACCAGUGGCCAAGGGAUUCCUUUGCUCGAUUCAACGGGAUUUGAACUCGUUGAGGAAGAUCGCCCACAAUCAAGAUUGGUUAGCCUCGAAAAUCAGUCUACGAGAGGCCACUGUGAGAAUGAUGGCCGGGGCCGCCCCGGGUCGAACUCAACAGCUCCUUGAUCAAUCGUUGAUGCAAAAGGCGGCCAGCAAGAGCAUCAUUUGCGGAAAAGAUGAUCGUACGCCUCAACUCGGUGAACGCGAGCAUGCCACAGCUUUGUUCUUGGCCUGUCGUCAUUUGCCCACUCAACUGAUCUCGAUGCCCGGGGAAAGAGCCGGUAUGCUGACGGAAGCAGCCAAAACUUUGGACAAAAUUGGUGACAAGAAGCGUGGUCAGGAAUGCUACAAACUUAUGAAGAAAUUGGGCACUUCAGUACAAGCUUAAUCUCCCCUUUUACAAACCGGCCUGGGUGUCUAGAGUCAGCUAAACCAUGGCAUACAUAUGAAUGAAAUCCUCUAACCUUAUAAUGAUGAACUCAAAUAUAUUCGAUCUGAUCUCGAA